ACAUGUUGAUGCCCAACUUUGCCCUGGCCACGAUCCGGAUCUCUUUUAUUCUUGUCAUUUUAUCACGGGUUACAAGUUCGCCCCUCGACCCGACGGACCAGUAUGGGAAGAGGCGGCGAGGUGGGUCGGCAUCGCGACGCCCGCCGGGCGGCUUACGGUCCGAACAGGAGGCCCCUCCAUGGCGUGAAAACGAUUCACCGUACGGGUAAAAACGACCAGGAGUCGAACGACGUCGAUGACGACGAACAAACGGAAGAAGAGGACGACUAUUCGGAUUAUUCAGAACCUAAGGUAGAAGGGGAUGCCGAAAGGCGGUUACUGACUUCAUUUGGUCUCUCUAAAUUACCGAAGCUUGAUAAGAAAGCGGUGAAAGAAGCCCCUUCCUUCAUGUUAGAUCUGUAUGAAAAGUUACAAGGUUCACAAAAUGAUAAAACCUCGGAGGAUUUUAACGAUGCUGACGAUGCAACACCAGCAGCGAACACAGUCAGAAGUUAUUCUGAGACAGGAUCUCGUUCAUCGGGUCGCAAGACGUUCGAGUUUGAAAUCAGAGGGAUAUUGGAUCGUGAAACCAUCGUGUCUGCUGAGAUAGUUCUUUACAAACGCCAAUCAAGAACAUCGUCUUGGGAACCUAUACCAUCAGAAGACAAACGAGCCAUUAUUGAAGUCUACCACGUGUACAGAUUAGAGAGGAAAGGUGACGUGAGGAGACGAAAGACCCUUGUCGAUCAGAGAAUAAUCCACUUGUCAUAUUCAGGAUUAUUACAAUUUAACGUCACAUCGGCGUUCUUAAACAAAGCACAAAGUGCAAGACUAAGUAGUGACAACACGAGUGUCAUGACGAGAACAUUCGAAGUCAAAGUCAGAGCGCGAAGCGCACUCAUUAAAAGAAUGGUGCGGUUUAUUAAAUUUCCCGCCGAUAACAGGCCGGAAAAGCAGCCCCUUUUGGUGCUGUAUCUUAAUGACAAUAUGAUACAGAGGCGGGACAUUGCAAUGCCUCUUGGGACAGAAGGUGUGGUGGCACCCCGGAGGUCAACCAGGAACAGACUCGCAACACAUUCAGCUUUUACUGCAUCAAACAGAUUAGAGACGCGGUUACAAAACAGCAUAGAAUUAGAGAGGCGGUUGGAAGUAGCCGCCGCGGUAGAGGAAAACUCUAGGACUGAUAACAGCGGAGUGGGUAGGGAGCAUAAGGCUUUAAGGAGGAAACGGAGGGCCGAGAAUCGGGCUUCGGGGAGACCCGGGAGGACCAAAUGUCAGCUGGAACAGUAUGAAGUCAAUUUUGAAGAUAUCGGGUGGACAACGUGGAUCGUAGCUCCUCGAAGUAAGUAAUCUUUUAUGAAUAUUUCCUGGAGUGUCUAUUAUUUAUACAUUUUCAGGUGAUUUAUUCAUUAAUUUGUGUUCAUUUAUUUCCGUAUAAUGUUUUAACACUUUCAUAUAGUUGUAAAACGACAGUUUUAAUGAUUAUUUUUGAUAAAUUCUGAUUUGUUUGAAAAUUAAUAAAUCAA